AUGUCAAAUAAUUCUGAUUCAGACGGGUCGUCUAAGAUAGUUGAAAUUAGUCCACCAAGUCAUAACUUAAGCCUACCUAAUUAUAACGGAAGACCAUUAAAUUAUAUUUAUCAAUUAUCUGCAACACCAUAUCCAGCAGUUUUACAAAGUGGGCUACUCCUAGCAACACCAUAUCUAUCCCCACAGGUGCCGUUCCAGUUACUAGCUUCUAAUAAAACGUCAGCAGAAAAAGCAAGGACUAUUGAAACAACCAGUUGGUUUUCUCCUAGUUUACAAAAGGGUUUGGGUUCUUUUGCAAGAACUAAAGGGAUAGAGAAGGUGGGAAUUUCGAGUAGAAGUGCAUUGUUAUUUGGUAUUGCAAGUUUGGCUGGAUCAUGGAUGAUUUUUGAUAAUGAUUUAGAGAGUGGUUGUGGAUUUACCGCUGCUUGGUCCUCUCUUUACUUAAUGAUAAAUGGCAAAUCAUCUUUGAAUUGGAUCAAGUUUGGUAAGGUUUGGCCAAUGCUUAUUAGUGGUUUAGCUUUAGGAAAUACAGCCAUGUAUGGUAGAAGAUAUUUGACCGGUGGUUUCGACUAA